AUAAACUCAAUGAUUGACAUAUUUUUUAACAUUAAAUAUCUGUUUGACUAAAAAACAGGAAAAGUUUUAUGCGAGUCGUGUUCGAAGAAAUGUUCCGGAAAUGUGUUAAGAGUGGGAAAGACUUACUUUCACAUCGAUUGUUUCAAAUGCCACGAAUGUGAGUCAUCUCUAGCGACCGGUGGGUUCUUCAGCCGAACAUCAAAUUCUGUGCAAAACUAUUUUUGCACGAAUUGCUAUCAAAAAUCAUUCGGAACCAAAUGUUCGGCUUGUAAUCAGUUCGUUGAGGGAGAAGUAGUGACCGCUUUGGGUAAUACUUAUCACCAAAACUGCUUCCGAUGCAGUCGUUGCCAACAACCCUUUCCUACGGGAGACAAAGUGACGUGGAAUGGGAAGGAAUGCUUGUGCGCCAAAUGCGUCCAAAUCCCGGUCGUCUCCUCUCACACACCCGAUGGUUUCGGGCCGAAAUGCAGUGCAUGUGAGGAAGAGAUAAAUGAAGGCCAAGCCUUAAUAGCGUUAGACAAACAGUGGCACAUCUGGUGCUUCAAGUGUGAGGCCUGUAAGACUGUCCUUCACGGAGAAUAUAUGAGCAAAGAUGGAAAGGUUUACUGUGAAAAGGACUAUCAAAAACUUUUUGGAAUCAAAUGUAAUCAUUGCGAGCGAUAUAUUACCGGAAAAGUACUUCAAGCGGGAGAGAACCACUUCCACCCGACGUGCGCGCGAUGUACUAAAUGUGGCGAUACUUUCGGAGACGGCGAGGAAAUGUUUAUGCAGGGCGGAGCCAUUUGGCACCCCAGAUGUGGUCCCGGACCCGACGGCAAAAUGUCGACCGAAGUUGACGGCCCUCCCGACGGACAGUAUUAUUCGCAAACCUAUUCCCCGAGCCUUUCGAGUUCAUUAUCGCGAUCUAUCAGUCCUUACGACUCUAUGAACAAACAGUUGGGUCGUCUAAGCCCUACAUAUGCCGAUAAGGACUCCAUGUUUAACGACUUAAGCCGUGUCUACACCUAUAGUUAUUUGGCGGCCGAACCGACUCAGGGUUAUCUAAAACGACCCCUCGAUCCAAGACCUCCAAAAUCGCCUCAAUUUCAUAGACCCCCCGAAAGCUAUGGGAGGCGUCGGGUGUACAGCAAACCAUUGCCCAAACAAGGAAUGCAAGCGAUGGUCGAUAACUUGCAAACGGCGGGUCAACCGAGACCUAAAUCUCCUGCAAUGAACAACGAGGAGCCCAUCGAAAUGGCUCACUAUCCCGACGCUAGAAAGCCUAAACCCAACGAUAUUCCUCGAAUCGAAAGGGACGACUUUCCCGCUCCGCCGUUCCCAUACACGGAUCCCGAACGCAUCCGACGCUAUAGUGGGAACUCCAGAGACGCUGACUUGAAAGAGAUGGAGUUUGAGGACGAAUUGGAUCAGACGAACGGCGAUCCGCAGCUUAAGAGAGAGGAAAAAGAACUUUCGAAGAUCGCGACCGGAAUCGGAAAAGUAUUCCUUAAGACAGUUCACGAAAGAGAGAAACUGAUGGCCUGGAAGAAGGCUCACGUCGACCCCAGAAAGUCUUCGCGAACGCCUUCAGCCAAAACUGAAUUACCCGCACGACUGCGCUAUGAAAAUCCCGUCAAUGCCUCCCCUUCUCGUGAUAUGGAUCGACCCAAGCCUUGGGAAGACGACGAACUCGACAGGGGAUCUGCUUUCAGGAGCUCCUAUACUGGCAGACCCUAUAUAUCGCCCAUUAAUUAUAACGUUGUUUCUUCGCUCCGAAAUGUUCCAAAACCGGGUUAUUUGCAGCACAAGUCUUCAACUCUGCCGCCGCGGGACAGCCAUAUGAAUGGAAGUGAGUCUCCAUUCACUGACAUGAUUGAGAAGACACAGAGCAUUGAAUUCAGUAGUGGAAAGUCUGAUACCCCUUCUCGUGAUAUGGAUCGACCCAAGCCUUGGGAAGACGACGAACUCGACAGGGGAUCUGCUUUCAGGAGCUCCUAUACUGGCAGACCCUAUAUCUCGCCCAUUAAUUAUAACGUUGUUUCUUCGCUCCGAAAUGUUCCAAAACCGGGUUAUUUGCAGCACAAGUCUUCAACUCUUCCGCCGCGGGACAGCCAUAUGAAUGGAAGUGAGUCUCCAUUUACUGACAUGAUUGAGAAGACACAGAGCAUUGAAUUCAGUAGUGGAAAGUCUGAUAUUUCAGUCAUUUCUGAACGACACGACGGAAGCGGCAGAAAUUACAUUAACCAUUCGAUUAGCGGAAACUUCCGGACGACACCCUUUUCCGACGGCUUCGGUGGUUAUCGAUACGCAUCGUAUUCACCACAUAUGCGCCGAUCAAUGCCUAACGUUAACUUUCAUUUGCAUUCAAACGAACCGCCCCGACAGUACCCCUACCACCUUCUCGUCACUCAAAAUUAUCGAUUGCCUCCCGAUGUCGAUCGUUGCCAUUUGGAGAGACAUUUGCAGAACUCUGAAUUCGAGCAACUCUUUCAUAUGAAUCGAAUAGAUUUCUAUCGAAUGCCUGAAUGGAGAAGAAAUGAAAUGAAAAGAAGAGUUAAACUCUUUUAACUUAAUUGACAAUUAAUUUUAAUACAAAUUCAAUACAAACUUUCUUUUUUGAUAAAUGGAUUCGAAUUAGUGGUUGUUUUUGAUGGCAAUAUACAGUAUAUGACAACUAUAUAGACUUUUUCGACUUAAAUCCUCUGACAGUUCCAUAAAAUUAAUUAAUAUAUAAUUGUUAUUAAUUUAGUUUUGAUUUACUUUGCAAUUAUGGAUAUUCGCUGACUAUAAUCAUGAAUAUUAGUUCAAAAUACACUACAAACGCAAUGUAUGGUUGAGUCCAUCGAGUGAUCAAUAUUUUAAUAUAUUAUUAUUAUAAAAGAAAGGGA